CUGUAAGUUUUGACAGGUGUCACCGAAGUGGCAGUGUCGUUCGAGGAAUCGCGAACAACGGGUGCUUAAGAUGUUGCAAUUUCGCUGAUAAUUGGCGGCGCGACGGGAAAAGAGAACGAAAAACCACACCUGACAGUGCAAUGUGCGGACAGCGGGCGUGAGAAGUGGCGCCCGGGGUGCGCGAGUGCAGCAAAGUGGACAGACUCGGGGGCCCGGAGCCUCCCCAGUGAAGUUGAUGAAAAGAGAAAUUUCCAAGAUGGCGGCGGUUCGCAAGAAGACCGACGACAAGAAUUUGAAGAUUCUGCGGGAGAUCGUGUCGCUUGGCGGCAAUCGGCAGUGCUUCGAUUGCGGCCAGAGGGGCCCCACAUACGUCAACAUGACCAUCGGGUCGUUCGUGUGCACCAGAUGCUCGGGAAUGCUACGGGGAAUUACGCCACCGCAUCGCGUCAAGUCAAUCUCAAUGGCCACAUUCACACCGGAUGAGAUUGAUUUUAUACGCAGUCACGGGAAUGACGAAUGCGCUAAGACUUGGCUGGGCUUGUGGGAUCCCAAGAGGACUCGACCGCACGAUCAGCGUGAAUUGAUGAUUGACAAAUACGAGCGAAAGAGAUACUACUUGGAGCCGGCGAGUCCGCUGAAAUCGCUCGCAUCGUCCCAGCAAUUGACACCAUCUGCGACUACCACGACGUCAGUGGCGACGACAACGAAUAGUGUGACGCUGGACAAUACAGCUGUCUUGAAAUCAAUCACACUGACGCCCCCGCAAUCGCUGCGUCUGCACAAUAAUAAGAGUGCGCGCUCAACGACGAAAGGCACAGUGAAUUUCCAGCAUCAGUUCACGCCAGAUAGUGAGACGAGUUUAUUUAACUUGGGCAAUAGUCAAACUAGGUUAAAUAAUAAUAACAAUAAUAGCGUCGGUGGACAUCAAAACGGCCUCACGAGUGACACAACAAGCAGCAGCAAUCUCAGUGGAAUAGUGGCAAAUAAUAAUAAUCAUAAAUUCACACCGGACACAGAUUUUGUGGCUGAUUUCGGAUCGGCCACUAUAUUUAAUGCAACAUCGAGUGCAACAAUGGUGAAUACAACGGCCAAGAGUCCAGGCAAAAUUGCCAAUGGCACCAACAAUCCAUCAUCAGCAUCAUCUGGUCAACAGCAGGUCAAUGGGAAUGGCGGAGUCAAUGAGAAUUUUGCCGAUUUCGAGCACAACACCAUUUACAAUUCAGCAGCCUACCAAACACCACCUCCACCGUCGACACAGUGGAGUUUCUGGCAGCAGUUCCAAUGGCCUUUACAGCCUCCGGAACAGAAUCGAUGGAGUCUUCCCAUGUCGCUGAGCUCAAGCACAAGCUUGAACUCGUCCAGUGGAGGAUUCGCAUCCAAUUCGUCGCUCAACUCGACGCCGUCCGCCGACAGAUAUGCCGCCCUCAAGGAUCUGGAUGAGCAGCUGCGGGAUGCGAAGGAGCGCGAAGUGCCGGCGAACUUUAUGGGCGGCAGUCCGAAUCCAUUCAAGAAUCCCUUCCAGGCCAGCGGCGGCGGCGCUCAGUGGGCGCAAAGCGAGGGGGUGUUCAGUGGGACGACGCCCCCGCUGGGCGCCGCUUUCGCGACGACGAAUGGCUUCACAAAUGGCUACGCGAAGCCCACGGAAGCGCCCCCGCAGUUCAACAAUGGCGCUGGAAGCUUCUCAUUCAACCCUUUCGCUACCACUUCCACCCAUUCAACUAAUCCAUUUUUAUGAACUCGAGGAAAGAAAGAGGCCAUCGGGAGCCGCGCGUGACCCCCAGAAAAAAAGCGGAGGGAACAAUGGACAAUUUUCACACAGACACAAAAAAACAGUCUACUUUCGACAAUUCUCUCUUUGUGUUUUUUUUUACAUAAUAUAUUUUAUUAUUAUCAAUUAAAAAUGAUAAAAUUAGGUAUUCAUUUUAAUGAUGAAGAGAGAGAGAGAGAGAUGUGAAAAAAGAGGGAUGAUGUUAGGACACAAGAGCAAAAUUCAUUUAUCUUGCACACUGUCACUGUUUAAUGAAAUAAUAUCCCUGGUAAAUAAUUGUGAAAGAGAAGAGAGAAUCAUGAGGAAAAUGUAUUUCGGAGAAUGUGAGAAGAGUGAAGGGAAAGAAGAACUUAAAGUAGUACUAAAUAUUUUUAAUUGAACCACUACUAUUAAUACCGUCACGUUAGACGACAAGAUUCAUGCUCAAUUUUAACAGAUGAUAAAAUAGAAUUUUUCAACUAAUCCCUGACGUAAUUCCACAUCAUUUUGGGUGGCAUAGAAUGGAUUUCCGGCGAGAUAAGAAUGUCCACGAUUGUUAGUAUUUGUGUAGAGGAGAUGAUAUAAAACCGACAUAUUUUACUAAAUUUAGCGAGCAAGAUUAUAAGGAGAACAAACAAGUGAUUUACUAUAUACAAGAUAUAUAUUAAAAAUGAAGAAUUAUUAUUGCUUGUGGCCUUAAGGAAUCACGGUGUAGAGAAGUGAUGCAAGAGAGAGAGAGAGAGAGAGAGAGAGAGAGAGAAGUGCUAGAUUGUGAGGAGCAAAGUGUUGAUUAAAUUAUUCAAUUUCCGUCUUAGGAUUAUACAAAACACUAAAUAGAAAGAAAAGAGAUGAUAAAAAUCACAUAAAAAAAAUUAGUAAUGACAAAGAAUUGAUGUCCAGAAAAAAAUGUAGGCUAUUUUAUUUAUAUUUGUACAUUAUACACAAAAAGUGAACUUUUAGCAUGUGACGAUGAGAAAAAAAAGGUUUUAAUCUGAAAUGGAGAAUAGAAAGAAAAAAAAAUACUGUAAUAUUGCGGAACAAUGUCAGUUUCACGGAAGAUAUUUGCGAGAUAAUAGAGAAAUGAACAAAAUAUGACGAUGAGAAUCCCAAGUGAUAAUGGCAAAAUGAUCAAAAAAAAAAAAAGAAAAAAUAGAAAUGCUAGGCGAGAUUAAUGCUGGGAUAAUGCAGCAAAGUGUAAACAAUUUAACGUUGUGUAGAGAGUUUAAAAAAAAAAUCAAGAGAAAAAUAUUCCAAAGUUUUUAAAAUAUAUUACAAAAGUAUAAACGAAUUAUUUUUUAGAAUUUGUUCUCUUCCCUCUUAAACUUAUCUUAACCAUAAUUUCACAACCAACAACCAUCAACAAAACACACACAAUGUCAAUCGCUAAAAAGAAGAAGAAAAAAAAGAAAAA